UUAUACAGCAGUGAACUUUUAAAGAAACUCUUCCUACAUUUGGGCAUUCACCAAAUAACCAAUCCCGACUUCUAACUCAAUUGCAAAUUACCUAUAUAUAAACAAUCCUUACACACACAAUCAUAUACACACCCUAUAUAUACAUACUUCAUGCACACAAACACAAAAGUUUGCAUGCACAUGUGUACAAACUUAUGUGAAAACAACAGCAAUCCAUCCUUCUCAUUGAAGUAUUGGUUUUCUGCUAAUUUCUACUUUCCUUUGCUAGUACUACAUAAAGAUUAUGUGUAAGUGAAUCUGAGGGCUAAAAGAAAUCUUUAGAAGUUAUCUAAUGUAAAAAUCCAUCCAGCACUUGAAUUCUUUCAACAAUAUCUCCACCAAUGACCCCUCAGCCUUGAAUAACUGAUUUGUCUUUGCCUGCCCUUGGUCAAUCCUAAUUUUUAAAAGGUAUCUUUAAUCAUCAGUUAGAAUUUGAAAAUUUGUACUCACUUAGUUCUGGCUGUAUCCUAUGGGGAUGUUAAUAAGCAAGUCUUAUCCUUCACUACCUUUUUUCCAGGAAAACCAUACAUCCUGGUUGGCCUAAGGUGAUUGUAGUUUGCGCCUCUUGAUCUGGGCAUAAUAUUCCCUUCCAUCCUCAAGAUUUGAACAAAACAUCAUUUAAUCACGUUAUCCUGGGUAGCACUCAAAAAUAUGUUUUUAUCGGGUACAUCAUAACUCAUCUUUUCAGCUAUUCUUUGUAUAUGAUUUUGAGGGCCUUCACAAGCCUUAUCAUUCUUUCUUCUAAAUGUACACAAGUUUAUUUAUAUUCCAAGAGCCCCAAUGCUUAAAUUCCUUGCUGCAUAUAUUUUAAUGAAGGAUUUUGUAACCACAGUUAAAGAAGAAAAAGUCAUUUAUUUCCCUUUGAAAACAAGACCAAGAUAUAGCUAUGGAAUUACUACCUCUCUGGGUACAGAUAUCUGAGUGUCUUGAACAAUGGUACUAGGGAGCAGUCUCACAUUAUACCAGUAGGUGUCACUCUAUAUAUGAUACAUUUAAAAUUCUUUAAGUUUCAAUUUAUUCCCUCAACAAAUAUUUAUUAAGCACCCAUUAUGUGCCAAGCAUGAUUCUAGGCACUGAGAUAAAAGAGAACAAGAAAGACAAGAUCUUGUUCUCAUGGAGCUUACAGUCUAGAUAAUGAUGAACAAAUUUGUUUUUAUUUACUUUCUAUUUAAAAGUCUGUAAAAAUCUUAUUCCUAGGGACAUUUUAUUUUCCUAAGUUAACAGAUAAUAACACUCAACCCAUAAAGAACAAAUACUGCAAUGACACAGAAUUAGAGAAACUGUGCUCUGUACAGGCUAGAUUAACAUAUCCUGUGUAUUUUCUAGACAUUUUAAUGUAUUCAACACUGUUCCUCCAAACUUCGAGUUUCCAAAACCCGAAUGGAAAAGAAUUUCUCGGGAGCCACCUCUGCUAGCAACAUGUUCAAGGUAAUUCGAAGGUCUGUGGGGCCAGCCAGCCUGAGUCUGCUCACCUUUAAAGUCUAUGUGUCACCUAAAAGGGACUCACCUCACAAAACUUCUGUGAAGGUUAAUGAGCUUUCACUCUACUCGGUUCCUGAGGGUCAAUCUAAAUAUGUGGAGGAGCCAAGGACCCAGCUUGAAGAAAGCAUUUCACAUCUCCGACAUUAUUGCGAGCCAUAUACGAGUUGGUGUCAGGAAAUGUACUCACAAACAAAGCCCAAGAUGCAGAGCUUGGUUCAAUGGGGGUUAGACAGCUAUGAAUAUCUACAAAAUGCACCUCCUGGAUUUUUUCCAAGACUUGGUGUUAUUGGUUUUGCUGGCAUUGUUGGACUUCUUUUGGCUAACAGGUCAAAAAUAAAGAAGCUGGUGUAUCUACCUGGGUUCAUGGGACUAGCUGCCUCUCUUUAUUAUCCACAACAAGCCAUCGUAUUUGUCCAGGUCAGUAGGGAGAAAUUAUAUGACUGGGGUUUACGAGGAUACAUAGUCGUAGAAGAUUUGUGGAAGGAGAACUUUCAAAAGCCAGGAAAUGUGAAGAAUUCACCUGGAAAUAAGUAGAAUGCUCCAUGCUCUGCCCAUUUUAAUCAGUUAUAGAUAAACAUUGGAAACUCCAUACAUUUUCUACAGAAAAAUGGCAGAGAAGUCAGUACUGAAUGUAGUAAAUUGGCUUUCUUCUUCAGGAAAAACUAUACCAGGCUUCUUUGUUAUCUUGGGUGAUACCAUACUACCAGUGGACUAAUCGGAAAUCCUUUCACCUAGAGAUAAUGUCCAGCAUUAGAACUCCUGGUUCUCAUGUUGCUAUUUAUGUACAUAAUUAAAAUUCUGAAUUAAAAAAAAAGGAAAAGAAUUUCUCUUAAAAUAAUUCAAUUUUUAAAAAAUCUAUUCAUGUUUUCACAUAGAGCAACUGUUAUAAUAAAUUUUAAAAGAUUAUUUGCCAAGUUUAUUAAUUCCCAAAUGCAUAUUUCCUUAUCUCUACUUAGAAAGUUAAAUAUCACCUUCUCAACACCAACACACUUGCCAGGUUAACAGAAAUAAAGACAGUGGCAAACUGUGCCUCAGCACAGAAUUUAAGAAUUCCUCCACUGCUGAAAAUGCUUGUUUGGAUAAACCUAUGAGACUCACAGAUAUUACCAGGACUUCAUGGUGACUCACUCAUGAUUAGAGCAUAUAGCAAUGAAAGGUCAUACUUUAUCAAAAUAAAUACAUCAAAGAGAAGGAACAGACACUGUACAUCAAAAAAGCAUUUUUGCUUGCACAGAAAUCCAAGAACCUAGGAACUAUUCAGUUUGUAUUUUGCUUCUCUGAACUCUCAAAUAGAAUGUUUUCAAACUGGAAAAGCUACAGAAAACAUGGUUAAAGAAAUAUUUCAAGCUGAAAAGUACUACUGCUUAGAAUUCUUUAAGUCAAAAUUCAGCUAUAUGAAUUUAUUUGAAUUUGAGAAAAAUGAUGCUUAAAGAUUUAAUAAGACACUAAGAGCUUCAUGUAAUAUCCAACCUAAUGCUCCCUUUGGAAUACCUCAAACCAUUAGUUCCUAUCUAAAUUACCUAAGAUAAACUGCUUCUUGUUCCCUUUUAGCAACAAAUCAUAUGCAUAUUUUAGAACACUAGAAGUACUCAAUGAACAGUAAGUUACAAAUGAACAUUAAGGUGCUUCAUAAAAGUUAAUAUUUUAAAAAGCCUAAUUUUUAACUUAAUAUUAAAUAAAGCAUUUUCUUUUACUCUGAAAGGUAAGGUGGUGGUUGAUAAAUACAUUUAAAACACAGUUUACUCUGUAUAGUUUUUAAAUUUUACUAAGCUCUUGGCCAGUACUGUGAAUUUUUGGCCUAUCUGAGAUGUCACCAAAUGUGGGGAAACUCAAUAGCAGGUAUCUCUGUUAUCUCUUUAUUUUUAUUCCAGAUACAAAAUGUGUGUGUAUAAAAGUGCCCCAGGGAUGGGGGGUGUUGGUGUACUAGGGAAAAAAAAUGUUUUGGAGUCACAAAAUCUAGGUUUGAAUUCCAGUACUACCCUAAAUUAGCUAUGUGACUUCUGGGCAAGUUACUUAUUACCCUGUUCUAUCACUUUCCCACCAUGAUGGAAAAAGCAGGAUUGUGGAAAGGACUAAGCAGGUUGUGUUACAUGAAAUGCCUAUUAGACGGCCUGACACAUAGUAGGUACUCAGUAAAUGGUAGUUCUUAGGAAACUGCCAUUUUUCUUUUGAUCAUUAGAUUGACUCUACCAGUUAAUGUUGAAAACUACCAACUAAAAGUCUUUGUAACUAACAAAAAGUGUAUCUUUACCCUGCUCCAACAGGUUUAUAAAACCAAACCCUGACUCAACUUGAAUGCCAACAAAUACGCACCUUCUCCUUUAGCGCAAAUAUAUUUUGCAUGACCUUACAUGAAUUGCUUAGAUAAAAGCUUUUCCUUUUCUGCUUUUGUUAUUUUAAAGUGCAGAUGCAUUUGAGUCAUUUUCUCCUUUUGUUUCAUAUCCUUAAGAUCCAAAGCUUCAAAGACAUAAUGUCAGCAUGCAGUCGAUUUAUGACUGAACUCUUGAAGAGAC